AUGCAAGAUGAGGCACCAAGUCAGGCAUCAAUGCAAGAUGAGGCACUAAGUCAGGCUGCAAUGCAAGAUGAGGGAUCCUCUCCAGUCAAUGAGACACCAAAGAAUAAUGUUCUUGGCAUACCACCAUUUACCGUUGACUUAAGCCCUAUCAAACAACAACCUGCUGUAAACCAAGGCCCUUCAAAGACAUCUGGUGUAAGAACCCUUUUUGGAACUGCACCAAAAGUCAAGACCUCCAAAGUAUUCAAACCUCUAGGAAAUGUCAAGUCUAUGGCUCUAAGGAAGAAAAAAGUCCCAACUUUUGUGGUGCAUACCAGAAAGAGUGAAAGACUCAUGACUGUAAAAACAUAA